UUUUGUGAACCCGGUCCUGUAACUGUCAUCAGGACUUCACUUGAAACUUGUAUCAACUUGUUUACAUUUUUUGAAAAUAGACAGAUUUCGUUUGCAAACUGUUAAUAAAACCAAAUAAUCAUUAAGGUGUUCAAAUGAAUUAAAUAAUAAUUGGGAUAUAUAACUGCAAACACACAAUUCAAGUGAAUUUGUAACAAUGCAGAAUUGGCGAGAUACAGUAACUUGGUACCCGGAUGAGCCUGAUCCUAAGGACUAUGGCAGAGCUCUGCGGACAGCUACAAUAUUAAUAUCUGAAGAUUUGGCGCCAUUUGAAAUAGAAUGGCUGGCACAGACUCUACUAUUCAAACCAGUGCAUCUAUUUGAAGCAAUAUCUUUGAAGUGGAAGCUUGAGGAUUGGUUCAAGAAUGUGUCAGAUUCCUUCAAGAUAUUGUCCAAACUUGUGGAGAACUAUUGGGAUGUUAUAGAAAAUUAUUACACUAAUAUCAUUGAGCUCUGCAUGUUGCCCUUCGACCCUCAAGUUCGUAAAGAGGCAAUCAUCUGUCUGAUCUCCGUGGUUAAGCGGACGGAUGUCGAGGUCGACGAACAGGUGGUGACCAGGCUUCUGGUCGAGUUGGAACAGGCUAAGACGUGUAAAGCGCCUUUAGCACAUCUUGUUGGCACUAUAUGCAGGUAUCAUCCCGAAAUGGUUCAAAAUCAUUACGACAGGAUCUGGAGAAUAUACCUCAGUAUGUUGCAACCUAAUAACAAGACAGACACACUAGUGAAUUCAGUGCUACAGGGUGUGAACGGUUUGUUCGAGUACUUCGGUAAUGAGAUACAGGUGGUUCAGUUAAACAUAUUCUAUGAUCAGAUAUCUAGAGAGAGCAUCAGGAUACCCAAGUGUCUGGAUGUACUCCUAUCAAUAUUCAAACAUCACGCCGUCCUGUUUAAAGAGAGGUUGGCAGAGGAUAAAGUGUUGAGGCUGUACUUGUGGCAGAUCGAGACGAAAAGCGCUAUGGAGGCGUUAACUAAUAUUUAUAAGGUUAUAUUACCCGAUGUUGCUGAUAAAGAGGGUAUACUAAAAUCGGAAGUGUUACCCCACGCCCACUCCCAAUCGGCCGUACUGAAACACAGCGCCAUACGUAUCAUAGUCCACGCCCAAUGUCUACGGGAUCAGUUGCCCAAUCUUAGUGGGAUCGAUCUAGAAUACCUUUUGAGAGUGAAGAAACUGUCUUAUGAAGAGGCUAAUACUGUAUCAUGGUGCAUAGAAGCGGGCAUAGACAACAGCGAGACGAUGUUGCUAGCUGCAAUAAUGUUUUACGACAAUCUACCGUCAAGUAAAAAGAGGGAUAUUAUUGUUAAUGGUAUUUUAAAUGCUUCAGAUGAAACUAGAAAGGCUGCCUUACUCCUACUCCUGAAUCUGUGCUUGCAAGACAACCUAGGCAAAUACCUAGAUAUUUGGAGAAUCCUCUUAGACAACACCACAGGCCCAGACUUAGCUAAAGCAGUGCUUAUAUUUGACGAGGUCUUGAGUCAUGUGGUUGAUGAGUUGGCGACCUUGGGAAGAGAGAAGAUUCAGACUGACUCUCAGGCUAUAUUCUCCUUACUAUCAGUACUUCUAAGUCUUCACAAGCCAGAGUACCACACUGCAGAUUGGUGUACCGCCUUCAGACCCUCGCUGCUGCAUGUAGCCGCUGCUGAGGAUCUGCUACGAGGACCUGGGGAUGAUGAGAUAAUAUUCGUUGAGAAAUUUGAGGAAGACACAGUCUUUAGCAAACUUGUAUCUAUUCUGUAUCCAGGAGACAGCUCAAGAGACAACCUAUCUACAUUGCAAGUUAUUUUUUCUCGCGAAGAUGCGGAUUUUAAAGUAUUAUCGAAAGCGUUAACAAAACUAGAUGAAAUGAUACGAAAAGAAAACAGUAAUUUGGAUAAGAAACAGCUGUCUGUGAUAAUGAAUCAGAUACUUAAGCUAAAAUCGAAUAACACUUUAAGCAGUAAAGAUUCAAGAAUAUUUCACAAAGAUGUAUCAUUGUUCUUAGGUAAAUAUGGAGACAUGGUGCGAAACGAGAAUUUUUCAGAAGAUGUUUAUAUUUUAAAAUUAAGAAAUAAAGUCACAUUGAACAUACCAAAUAUUGUCGAAGCGAUAGUGUAUAAGAUAGACCUACAGCGGGUUCUGCAGCUGUGCCUACUCUGGGAGGAGAGAGAACCACUCUAUUCGUUACUAGUCAUCCUCUCGGCUAACUUAUAUGAUCGUGCAGACUCCGAUCUCCAAGAGGCGACUGUUCGCGUUGUCCACGCUUUGUUUAGAUCUAAACGUGGUGAGAGCGAGACGGAUAUAGCUGUCUAUCCCGCUCUGCUCAUGUGUAACACUGUGGCUUGCGUUCAGACUUUAAUGAAGCUUAUAACACAAGAACAAUGCCCUACAAUCAGACGGAAGUUGUCAGACUGUCUAGAACUGCUGCUAACACACGACCCCGCUGCGGAAAUGACGUCACAACUUGUCAAUGCAGUCGCAGAACAUGUCAUGUUCUUAAUGAGUACCGAUGAUGACUCAACUAUAGAAUUAAGUCUAGACAUAACUAAAGCCUUUCUAUCUACUUUCAAAGACAACAACGUUCUAGCCAUAGACCAUUUACCAAAGAUUUUAAUAGCUACGUCUUAUAUGAGAGAUUUAGAAAUAUUUGAUAUGGCAACAAAAAUUUUUAUAGAAAAAAUCGAUUUAUUCAAUGAAGAAAAAAUUAAGAAUACUGUUUUAAGUAUCAUUGAAAAGUAUAUAUCAAAUAAAAAUAAUAUUGAUACAAUUAUAAUAAUUUUAGUGUUCAUAAAACAGAUUAUAGGUAUAAAGAAAUACAAUCUAGAUUUCUUUGUAGACGGGAUUCUUGAGUUUUGUAAAAAAAUGAAUGUUGAAAUUUCUAUGUCUCAAUUUUUAAAUAUUUUCGCUUUAUUAGCACAUUUUAAUUUUUAA